AUGUGUCGUGCAAAGAUAUGGGAGAGUUAUCGUGGGAAUAUUGUAACAAUCUCAACUUCAUACAAUGCCACGAGGGUAGAGACUGGAGUUCUUGUGCCGCAGAUCCAAGCCUACAAAGAUAGGCUUUCAAGUAUGGAAGGAGGUUCGAUAAUUCUUGAGAGUGUUGUAUCAAAAAAAUCAGAACUUGAGGAAUUGGCGGCUGGAAAUAUUGAUGUUAGGACUCUUGACUACUUUGUUGCUGGCAAAAUGAUUGGAGAGCAUUGGAUAUGCGCAAAAGUGAGAAAUAUAUCACAAAAUUGGUGGUACAUCUCAUGGCUAAAGUGUCCAAAGAAGGUCAAACGUUCUGGCAACAAUUAUCAUUGUGAAAAACAUGGGGAUAUCAAAAUACCUCUCUUCAGGUACAAAAUUGAAAUGGAUGUUUGGGAUUUUACUGGAGACAUUUCCCUAAUUUGUUGGGAUCCCGUGUUCUCCAAGUUUGUUGAUGGUAAAUCAUGCUUUAAUCUUAAAAAUGAAGCUGAGGAACAGGGCCACGAUAAUCUACUGCCACUAAUAGAAGGUGUGGUUGGUAAGACACUUUUGUUUAAGAUCUUGGUCAAGCCGAAAGAAGUUAGUGGAUACAGUGGAUCAUACACGGUGAACCGAAUCAUAGGAGAUGAAAAGUUGGUUGAGAAAUUCAACCAAUCAACCAUUAAUGUUGAGGACUCGGAUUUUCUGACCAUGUUGCAAAAGGAACUAAAAGGAGGCUAUGAAUCAGAAGAGGAAGUUAGCACUCCAUUAAAAGAGCAAAACCUCAAGGAAAUCGUCGGUGAUAGCUCUGUUAAACGUGCCCUUUUUGAAGAGGGUUGUUCUUCUUCGAAGCCAUUGAAACAACAAAAGGUCAAUGCGAACAACAGGGGGGUAGAUGACGAUUCCACUUCUUCUUUUGAGGAUACUGAUGAUGUGAAUGCAUAG